AUGGACGCGGAACGUCGCGGGCUCGCGGCGUACGGCGCACGAGAUGCGGCGCCGCGAUUCCAGUCGCUGUGUGCGUCUACAUUCGCAGUGUUGCAAGAGCGUAUUCGUCUUGCGCACGAGAUUGCAUCGUCUGCCGAGGCGAGCGAUCAUGCCUUUCUCCGUACCUUUCCGUACUUUGCGCGCGACAAGACGAUCGCCAAGAACCUGCAUACGCUCAUGGAUGCGCUGGAUGCGUGGAAUGCGGUGCAUGCACGGGGCGACCUGAUGCAGGACGACGACGUACCGACACCGGAGCAGCUCGGCGACUGGACCGGCACCGUCCACCGCUUGGUCCACCUGCUGGGCCAGACGAACAACGAGCUGAACGACCCGCGGGGGACAGAGAUCGUGCAGGACUUGCGAUCAUUGCAUCCGCACGUCUUUGGUCUCGACACGCCGCUCGACAAGCCCGCGCCCGAGCCAGAGGCUGAGCCGGAGGAGGCGGAGGCGAUGCCGGCCGAGCGCCUAUCGCGCGUCGAGUUCAUGACACAGGUCGACGACCUCCCGGAACAGGAUUCCUCGGCACGGUACGCACCCGACGACCGCGAGGCCGCUGCACAGUUCGCGCUACAAAAUGCGGCCUUCCGCGACCAAGACACCCAUCUCGACCAUCUCAGCACCUCCAUCUCGCGCCAGCACGAUCUGAGUCUGCGCAUGAACGAGGAGCUGGAGCUGCACGCAGGCCUCCUGACCGACCUCGACCGGGGCGUGGACGAUACCGAGCUGCGGCUGGGGGGGGCAAGCAACCGCCUCGAUCGCUUCCGCGCGAGCAUGAAAGAGCACGGCUCGGUGUGGAUCAUCUUUUAG